GGUGCCGGGCGGAGGAUGCUGCGCGCCCCGCAGGCCGCUCCCCGCCGCCCAGCCGCAGCGCCUCAGCCGAGCGGGCCGCGGCGGGGCCCCGAGCCCCGCAUCGGGCGUGCGGCCGGCCGGCGCGCUGAGGCGCGGAGAGCGGAGCCCGGCGACGCCGCGGUCGCAGCGGCCAUGGGGGCCCUAACGAGCCGGCAGCACGCGGGCGUGGAGGAGGUGGACGUCCCGUCCAAUUCCGUGUACCGCUACCCGCCCAAGUCCGGCAGCUACUUCGCCAGCCACUUCAUCAUGGGAGGAGAGAAGUUUGAUUCCACGCAUCCGGAGGGGUACCUGUUUGGAGAGAACAGCGACCUGAACUUCCUGGGGAGCAGGCCAGUGGCGUUUCCUUACGCUGCCCCACCUCCCCACGAACCUGUGAAGACACUGAGAAGCCUGAUCAACAUCCGGAAGGACACGCUGAGACUCGUCAAGUGUGCCGAGGAAGUGAAGGGUCAUGGAGAAGAGGCAGGCAAAGCUAAGGUUCACUACAAUGUCGAGUUCAUCUUUGACACAGAUGCCCGGGUAGCCAUCACCAUCUACUAUCAGGCCACUGAGGAAUUCCAAAAUGGUAUUGCCAGCUACAUUCCAAAAGACAGCAGCCUGCAGUCGGAGACCGUGCAUUACAAGCGAGGGGUGUGCCAGCAGUUCUGCCUGCCCUCCCAUACUGUGGACCCCGCAGAGUGGGCAGAAGAGGAGCUUAGCUUGGACCUGGACCGGGAGGUUUACCCUCUGGUGGUGCAUGCCGUGGUGGAUGAAGGAGACGAGUAUUUUGGCCACUGCCACGUGCUUCUGGGCACUUUUGAGAAGCACACAGACGGGACCUUCUGUGUUAAGCCCCUCAAGCAGAAGCAAGUGGUAGACGGGGUCAGCUACCUUCUUCAGGAGAUCUACGGGAUCGAAAACAAGUAUAACACACAGGAUUCUAAGGUGGCUGAGGAUGACGUGAGUGAUAACAGUGCCGAGUGUGUGGUGUGUCUCUCAGAUGUCCGAGACACCCUGAUCCUGCCCUGCCGCCACCUGUGCCUCUGUAACACCUGUGCAGACACCCUGCGCUACCAGGCCAACAACUGUCCCAUCUGCCGGCUGCCUUUCCGGGCACUGCUUCAGAUCCGAGCCAUGAGGAAGAAACUGGGCCCUUUGUCUCCAACCAGCUUUAACCCCAUCAUCUCGUCCCAGACGUCAGACUCGGAAGAGCAUUCUUCCUCAGAGAACAUUCCACCAGGCUACGAAGUGGUGUCUCUCCUGGAGGCCCUCAAUGGGCCCCUCCCCCCAUCCCCAGCUGCCCCUGCACUUCAUGUCCUUGGAGAUGGCCACCUCUCGGGAAUGCUACCAUCAUAUGGCAGCGAUGGCCACCUGCCCCCCAUCAGGACGCUGUCCCCCCUUGACCGCCUGUCUGACUGCAGCAACCAAGGACUCAAACUCAAAAAGAGCAUAUCCAAAUCCGUUUCCCAGAAUUCUUCUGUGCUACACGAAGAGGAAGAUGAGCGCUCAUGCAGUGAGUCUGAGACCCAGCUCUCUCAGAGACUGUCUUCCCAUCAUCCUGAGGAGGGAUGUGAUGUGACUCCAGAGAGUGAGAACCUUACCCUGUCGUCGUCAGGGGCUGCUGACCAGUCAUCUUGCACAGGGACUCCCCUGUCUUCUACCAUCUCCUCCCCAGAAGACCCUGCUAGCAGCAGCCUGGCCCAGUCAGUCAUGUCCAUGGCACCCUCCCAGAUCAGCACUGACACAGUGUCCUCCAUGUCUGGCUCCUACAUUGCCCCUGGAACAGAAGAAGACGGAGAGGCCCUGCCCUCCCCCCUAGCUGCCAGCAGGGCUACCUCUGGAGAGGGGACACCAGCAGAGUCCCCAGACAGCAAUUUUGCUGGCCUUGCAGCUGGAGAACAGGAUGCAGAGGGAAAUGACAUCAUAGAGGAAGAGGAUGGAUCACCCGUGCAAGAAGACGGCCAGAGGACUUGCGCAUUUCUAGGCAUGGAGUGUGACAAUAACAAUGACCUUGACAUGGCAAGCGUGAAAGCACUGGACAAUAAGCUGUGCGCUGAGGUCUGCUUACCCGGUACAUGGCAGCAUGAUAACAUAGUCAGCCGUCUCAGUACCCAGUGCCGGCACUCAUCAUCUAGCAGCCUGGAGGACCCUGAAGACGACAGUCCUUGUGGAUGGGACCCUUUGGCUGUCUGAGGGCACCUGCACCUGGGCCCCCUCCUGUCCCUGCAUUCCAUCUGUCCUCACUGGACCACGGGCCUUCUGGGCAUCUUCAAUAAGACACGUGGACUUUAUACUCACAUGGAGGCAGGAUGUGGGGAGCAACCUCAUCUGUGGCAGCCAUGAUGCUUACCCUCUCAGAAAGAACCGGAAGUGAACUGUAACACAGCAGCCAAGCCCAGCCAGCCUGGUUGUUUCUUUAGCCUUUCCUCCUCUGAGGAGAGACCAAAAAGACUUGGGGAGUUGGCAACUUUGUUACAGACAGGUUCUGGUCUCUGGCACCUCAUGACCAAUUAGAAACCUAACUUGGAGUGUGGUCAGGGUUGGCUCCAUGAGGGAGGCCACCUGCACUCUGGCCUUCCAGACCACCAGGAGCUCCUGUCUCAAGCCUAUGAAGUCGGGAGGGUGACUGAAAGCCAGAUCUGCUGACAGAGCGGGUCUCCUGUGUCUCCUGCUUAGGAUGGUCACUCUUGCAAGGCCUUGUCCUCCUCAGGUGCAGUCAGGAAGGCCUGCUGGGUCACACCCCCACCCCCUACCGGGUACAGUGCUAGGGCUGAGUGCUACCAUAGCCCAUCUCACUACAGCCUUUGAGAGGGAGUCUCAAACACAACUACCCUCUCUCUACCCCCUUUUAACAGCUGAAAAACUAAACUAAGAGCAUGGGAACACCAAGGAAGUGUCGAAGCUCUGAGCCAAGCUGGAUCACCUGGGGACCAAAGGAUUAGAAACCCCCCCCUCCCCUAGUGUAUUUAUUCCUCCCCUGUCUUUCAGGUCUUGACGGGUGAGAGGGGCAGACCUCCAUGGGCUCGCCAGAGCUUAGAGAUCCCUCCAGUCAGCACUCACAGCCACGGCGGAAGCUGGCCAGAAAUUGUGGGGUGUCCCACCAUUUCAUCUCAGUGGAUCUCUCUCAUGUGGCUCUUAAACAGAUGCCAGUCUACUGGCUUCUGGAAAAGGCAGUUGUUCAGUGGAACAUGAGAUGGCUGGGGGUCAAGAUUACAAACAGUUACUUAUGAGCGGGAUAUGAGGAGCUUUACACUUGGCAAGUGUGGCCCUACAAAAGCUUUCCAAAAACCAGCAGUGCCCAGGAUCCUGGGGGUGGGAUGCGGUGGAGAACUUGGCUUCAAACUUGCUGUGAAGCUGGGGAUGACCUUGAACUUCUGACUUUCCUGCCAGGACUGCCCAAGCAUUAGGGUUACAGCCCUGUACCAUGAUGCACCUCUCCUGUACCUUUUUUGUGGGAAUCACACCCUGGAGGGAGCCUGAAGUGUGGUAAACUGAGUCUGAGAGCCCACGUGCACCAUUUCUGACCACCCUGUGGACUCAGCCAUUCCCAGCCCCACUUGAUGUCCUUUCUGUCCCCUAGCAUUCACACUUGAGGGCGGAGCAAAAUCCACACUUCCUCAAAGAAUGAAGCGGAGGCAACAGGGAAGUUCCCCUAGCCCGGGGUGGGUGGUGCACACAGACCCACCCCCUCCCCAGGCAGGCAGGCGGGUGGGCAGGAGGUAAGCGGUAUUCACAGUGUGGUGUGACCUGGAAGACGGGGGUAGCUGAGAUGAAGGAAAUGCAGGUAAACAGUAGCCACAGUGGCCAGGAACACCCCCCCCCCAGCAAGAGCCCAGUUGGCCUAAGCCCCAUAAUCUAGUUCCUAGGCUAGAGCACCCAUCACUGCCCCUCACUCUGUACUUUAGUUCUUGGCAAGCAGAAAUAGCCCAUCCACAGAGGCCGACCUCCAUCAGCUGCCACACUCAACCCAGUCUGUCAUUUGGAAACAGUCCCCAUCCCCAUGCCAGGACUGACCACGAGUAGGGUGGGGGCCUUUUCCUGGAGGGCCUUUGGCUCCUCACCACACUACCACUGGUACCACUCCAUGCUCUGGGUACUGUAGUGGCCUGGGUUUCCCUUGACUUUACCUGAUUUCAUACCGCCAGAGUUUAUUACCCACCCUCGCCCCCGCGGCAUCUUCUGGACGUAGACACUAAGCCAUGUAUCUCGCUGGGGCGCUAGUCCUGCCCACCUGGUGUUGGCAUGCUGGUUGCUCACUUUGUCUUAGGGCCCGCACACCUGGUGUGUGUGUGUGUGCGCGCGCGCGAGCUGUUUGUGCUGUCUGUGUGCCCUUCACUCUCCUGGAGUACACUAGUUGGCACACUACAGUGGGGACAUCAAAAUGCAAUAUUUAUGGAUUGCUGCAUGAUUCUUAAAAGUGAAUAAAGCUGUUUACAAGGGAA